UGAGAGGAACAGAGCAGACGAGCGUCUAUCAUCGUCCGUCAGCGGCUCCUGCGGCUCCUCAAUAAAGACACGGCUGCUACAGCAGAUAUCAAGAAAAAAAGCCUUUAUUUCAGCCAUGCGUUCAGCUUUCUACUGGUCUUAAGCAAAAUUAUUAGGAAAUAUGUCACGGUCUGUUUUGCUUUUAGUUUAUUACCUAAAUUAUUGACGUUACAAAAUAAGUUAUAGUUCAGCUCGCUAACAGUAUAGUUGGCUGUUCUGGCAGAAAUAUUUGUACUUUGGAGUUUUGUAAUUUGAAGACAAAUUGUCAACAUGAGAGCUCAAAUCGAGGUGAUCCCAUGUAAGAUUUGUGGGGACAAGUCUUCAGGAAUCCACUAUGGAGUCAUCUCCUGUGAAGGGUGCAAGGGCUUUUUCAGGCGCAGCCAGCAGAACAACGCGAUGUACUCCUGCUCCCGGCAGAGGAACUGCCUGAUCAACCGUGCCAGUCGCAACCGCUGCCAGCACUGCCGCCUGCAGAAGUGCCUGGCACUGGGCAUGAGCCGCGACGCAGUCAAGUUUGGCCGCAUGUCCAAAAAGCAGCGGGACAGCCUGUACGCCGAGGUGCAGCGGCACAAGCGAACGCAGGAGGGUGGGGCCGUGGGCGUGGCCCCUGAGGAGGAUGGGGCGGGGCAGGUGAGGGGCCACAGCCGUGCCAGCAGCAGCAGCAGCUCCAGCACCUCACUCAAUGACUUGGAUGGGCUACUGUUCGACCUGCCGCUGAUGCUGGAUGGCUUGGGAACCUACUGUGGCCCUGAGCUGCUUCUGGGAGCUUCUGUGGGGGGUGUCGACGACCUGUCUGCACAGAGUUCCCCGGAGCAGGGCGGGCCAGACGGCACGGAUGGUGGCCACGUCACGCAUGGCUAUCAACUGCUGCACGACGCCGGCGUCUUGGCGCACGAGCUGCUCAGCCCACUGUCCAACGGAUGCUCGCUGCUCGAGAUUGAGCGCGUCACACAGAAUAUUGUGCGUUCGCACAUGGAGACGUGCCGGUACAGCAACGAGGAGCUUAGGCGUCUGGCCUGGACCCUGUACACCCCGGAGGAGAUGCGGAGCUUCCAGACCAAGUCCACAGAGGCCAUGUGGCAGCUGUGUGCCCAUCACAUCACCGGCGCCAUCCAGUAUGUGGUGGAGUUCGCCAAGCGCAUCACCGGCUUCAUGGACCUCUGCCAAAAUGACCAGAUCGUCCUCCUGAAGGCAGGAUGCCUGGAGGUGCUGCUAGUCCGCAUGAGCCGGGCGUACAACCCCAUCAACAACACCAUGCUGUUUGAUGGCAAGUUUGCCAGCUCCCAGCUCUUCAAGGCCCUGGGCUGUGACGACCUCAUUGGCUCCGUGUUUGAGCUGGCCAGGGGCCUGUGUCGUCUCCAGAUGUCCGACGAGGAGAUGGCACUGUUCACUGCCGCCAUCCUGCUCUCGCCAGACCGGCCGUGGCUUACAGACAUUCUGCAAAUCCAGAGGUUGCAGGAGAGGGUCUACGUUGCACUGCAGUGUUCUCUCCACCAGAGUGGCGCCACUGAGGAAAAACUGGCCAAGAUGGUGUCCAAGUUGCCCAUAAUGAAGUCCAUUUGCAACCUCCACAUCGACAAGCUGGAGUUUUUCCGGCUGGUCCACCCAGAGACAGCAUACAGCUUCCCUGCCCUCUACAGGGAGGUGUUCGCUAGUGACAUCUCCUUCCCUGACUUCGCUGAGAGUUAAACUUUGUCCU